UUCGGACAGCUUCAAUCGCGUGGGCCGCCAUUUUGAUGAAUAGUUUUGUGUGGAAAUUGCAUUGAAACUUUUUCUGGAAAAAAGGUUGAUUUAUUGUUUAAGAUGUGAACAUCAACAACCAUUUUCAAGUUUAUUAUUGAAAUAAACAGAUGGACACUUCAGAAUGUGGCUGCGUAGCGAAAAACGUGUUAGAACUAGAAUAUCCUUGUGUACACACAGAAAGGGUCGCCAAAAUUUAAGAAAAGGCUGGGCUGCAAAGGCCUCUGCAAUAUCUGUUACAAAGGUUUCUCAUUCCAAGCAAUGUGAAAAAAAUGCUGCUUGUUUACAGAAAACUACAGUUGCUGAGGAAUGUAAGGAAAAUUACCAAGCACAGGUGGUCCCUCAUUUGUAUAAUCAAUUGCCAGAUGGUGACAAAACUGUAGAAACUUUUACCAACAUUAAUAAUAUAAGUGAUAUUACAACACCAAAUAAAUAUUAUGAGUUUUAUGAUGCAACAAGCUCUUAUGAAAGGACCACUGAGCCUUCAAUUUUAGAAGGCAAUCUUCCAAAGGAAAUAGAAUAUAGUUCCAUUGAAUUGGAUUCGAGCCUUAUUACAUGUUCUGAGGCGUUAACAGUAGACCCGUAUUUAGACAAAAUGCAGUUCAAUUUAACUGAUAAGAAGUCUUGUGAAUUUCAAAAGUAUGAUGUUUAUACUGAAAAAAUUUGCGAAUCUUUAUAUUAUGAUUAUCCAUCUUUAAAAAAUGAUUACUCAGAAUUGCAAAUAGACAUAGGCGACCUGAGUAAUGUAAAUACCCAAGAAUUUACAAACAUGUUGGAUGAAGAAAUAUCAAAAAAUGUUAACAUUAAUAAUGUGGUAUACGAUUAUGCAUCCAUGUAUGGAACAAAUAUGCACGAUGCCAACAUGAUUGCGAGUGUGCCUCCUCAAGAGCAUGAUCGAUUGGAUGCGCAACCAGAGCAUGUUGAGGUGGAGGAUACUUGGGAAGUUUUCGACCCUUAUUUGUUUAUAAAGCAUUUACCACCUCUUACUUUUGAAAUGCGGUCCAAGUGUCCUGCUCUGCCAUUGAAGACGAGAUCCAGUCCCGAGUUUAGUUUGGUUCUUGAUUUAGAUGAAACACUAGUACACUGCAGCCUUCAAGAAUUGAGUGAUGCAAGUUUUCACUUUCCAGUUUUGUUUCAAGACUGUUCAUAUACAGUAUAUGUCCGAACCAGGCCAUUUUUCCGGGAAUUCAUGGAGAAAGUUUCUCAAAUAUUUGAAGUCAUAUUGUUCACUGCCUCUAAGAGAGUUUAUGCAGACAAGCUUUUAAAUUUGUUGGAUCCUGAAAGAAAGUGGAUUAAAUAUCGCCUAUUCCGAGAGCAUUGUGUUUGUGUGAAUGGAAACUACAUUAAGGACCUGUCUAUACUUGGAAGGGACCUUUCAAAAACUAUUAUUAUUGAUAAUUCACCUCAAGCUUUUGGUUAUCAUCUCAACAAUGGAAUUCCUAUAGAAAGCUGGUUUGUUGACAGAACUGAUUCAGAACUUAUGAAAUUGUUACCCUUCUUAGAAAAUCUUGUUCAAAUGAAGGAGGAUGUUAGACCGCACAUCAGAAACAAGUUCAAAUUAUUCAGCUAUCUUCCGCCAGAUUAAGUACAGAAUUGCCUAGACAAUCUGAGAUAUUAUAGUAAGAGAAUACUCUGUUCUUUUUCAUUAUUAAGAAUGUUAAGUUGUUUUAAUACUACGUUAAAGUACUGACUAACUGCCACAUUAUUUUAAUGGUUUCGUUUGUAAAAAAACGUUUACGUGCCUUUUUAACAAUCGUGUUUGUAGAUUGGCCAAUUAAAUCGUGCAAUAUUUGUAACCACUUGUGAUUGAAAGAGUUUUGAAUAAACCACUCUUUGGUUUAGUUAAACAUUGAAAUUAAAUCUGCUGUUCCCGCUCAUCUAUGUAAAUAACGGGAUUUGUAUGAUAUCGAUUUGUUGGUCAGUAUUUUAAAAGUUUUUGUAGAAUAAGUGAACGCGUUUUUAUGUAAAACAGUACAAUGUCACGUUUAUCAAACACCAACUGUUUACAGCUAAACGGUGAUUUUAUUCCCUUUUUUUCAGUUUAGUUGUUUACAUCACAGCCGAACCGAAUGUUUAUUGACGUUUUCCCAUUUUAGGAGCUUAUUUAAAAAUUAAAAUUUGGUUAGCCGUAAUAUUAAACCUUGCGAUCUAUAUGGGUCUGGCUCUCUCGUUAUUUUCUCACCAUAUGACUUAAAAGUGUUUAACUUAAAAUGAGUUAUUGUUGACUAGUAAUAAUGCUUUGAUUUUUUUAAAAAUGCUAAAGAAGGCUAACUUUUUCACUAAAAAAAAUCAGUCCAGGUUGCCUGAAAAUAAUAGCCAUAAAUAAAUGAUACUUUCCUAGGGAUUUGUUUUAAUAGAAUAGUAUUAUUUACAUAAUUGAUCUGUGCAGCUGUCGAAGUGUUGUUUAGUAAUGAAUGAGACUGGUUAGCAGAUAAAGUUACCUAAAGUUUACCUUAUAUUAGGUUAUUAGGUUUAUCCCCGUCGUCCUAAAACAUCAUAAAUUUUAAGUUCAUAACUAUAGGUUUCGGUUUUAAUAGCAACAGGACUAUAGGUUGAUAACCGAAGUAAAACAUCCGAUUUUUAUUUUAUCCCGAUCUCCACUAUUGAUCUCAUUAAAUUAAAAUUAAAACAUAAUAUAAUAUAAACAUUUAAAUUUUUAAAAAUUUAAAUUUUGAACUAGAACCACGAUUUUAGCGUAUGAUUAUUUUUAGCGAGCAAAUCUUUUAUUUAAUAAAAAUAAUUUUAGGCAGCUAUAAGUAAAGUAUCUGAAUAGGAAAAGCGUAUAGUCUCACACUAGUAUUUUAAUACACAAAGAGCAAGGUAUAGAUAUUUUUUGUGGCCCUAAAUACCCAACAUAUUUUGCUAUUUAAUCCUGUUCAAUUGAAUUGCAUAUCCAAUCUCCGAAUGAGGAGGGCUGUAAAAAAGAAGUAAAACGCAAGUUGACAUAAUGAUUCUAUCAAUGUAUCAAAUAAUAUUAUUUCAACAUAAUUAUUAGGUAAUACAGGAUAGAUUUUUUUUUUGGUAACUGCUAUUUUCCCCAGAACAAACCCAGUUCUGUAUUUUCUCUUUGUCACCGCUUUUAAAAAUAUUAGCAAUAAAGAUCCAUUAAGUUUAGUAAAAAAAUAAUGAAGUUGAAAACUUGAACUACUUUUAAUAUAAGCGUAGGGCAAUGGAAAACAUUUAUUAUAUAUUUCCUUCUUAUAGCCCUCCGUUUUUCGGACGAAGUGUAACGGUAAAACGUGACAUUUACUGCUAUUAAAAGUAAUGUAAAUAUAUAGGGGAUCAAGUAAAAACUAGAGAUUUAGUAAAACUAGAGGUUUCUUGCCAUUUCAAAAUUAUAAACAAAAAGUACAUAGAAUACAUAGAUGCUGAUGCACAAACAAGCAUUUUGGUAUACAUUCAUAGGAAAAAGGCGUAUUAUAUACAAGUAUUAUAUUUCUAUGUUGUUUGUUUUAUAUUUUAUUAUUGCAAUUGCAGACCUAAUGAAAUAAAUGAUUACUCUCCAGCACAUAUUACCAGAUAUUUGUAUCAAUACGUUAUUCAAAU